UGUACAACACAGAAACCGGGAGCACCUGUUUCGUACUUCCGGUCUACAGGAGCAGCGGCGGCGUCGAGAACGCUGGGGCCAGUACAAGCUACACGCGCAUGGAGGAACCAUCGGACAUUUUUCGUAACGACGCUAGACGCCAGUGCUCCGGAGGUGCCGCAUCAGGCAUGGCUGAAGAAAGUAACAGUGGACACACGCCUCCUGCGUUUACCUUCGGCGACGAAGCAACGCCGAGCACAAGCCAGGAAUUCUUCGAGGGCACUUCGUGCACUUCCGACUGCGGAACUACGAUUUGUGACGACUCCUUCGAAGACCUGUGGAACGCGUUGAACAGCCACAACGAUGCCAGUGAAGUUACGGGCCAUACACAUGUCACUGAAAGCGGAAUCACCAGUUCCCCACGUAUGGUGUCCAGCAGCAGCAUCAAUCACGCACAGCGCAGUACAAGCCGCGCUGGCAUUGAGGAAGCAUCGGCCAUUCCGGAAAACAUUGCUAGCCUUUCUGACCACGCCAGGCGUUACCAAUGGAACACUCAGCAGAGGCCAAUAACCGACGGGACUUACAUCUACGGUGUCACUGACAAUGGUAGCCCAAGUUACCUGCACCUGGGGUCCAGCAGCAGCCUUGGUCACGCAAGGCCCAGAACAAGCCGCACAGGCAUGGAGCAAGCAUCAGCCAUUAUACAAGGCGGCACCAGAAAUCCUGAGACAAUCCGUGUUGACCAAUGCAACACGCAGUACCACCUGACUGACGGCACAUCCACUAACUGCGGGCAUACACGCAACACAGAAACCGGAUGCACUUGUUUCAGACAUCUGGUCUAUAGCAGCAGCCCAGUCGCCAGUACAACCUACGCCCGCAUGGAGGAACCAUCGGACAUCUUUAGAAACGACGCCUGGAACGCUACUGGAACCGGAGGAAGGGAAGAGCAAGAAUUCUGCGAUGUCUGUGACAAUGUUACGAGCAAACAGGAUGCCUUAUAUGGGCAUGCCAACGAAGACACGGGCGAUACAGCCCACAGUUGCAAAGCAUCCGAUCUAACGUCUGUAAAGAGCUCAAAGUUCGUAAAACACUGCCGGAGUACAACAGGGAAAGAACACAAGUGCGAAACGUGUGGCAAAUCGUUCUGCCAGGCUCGUGAUCUGACUGCACAUUGCCGAACGCACGCUGGCGAGAAAGCCCACAAAUGCGAAAUAUGUGGAAAAUUGUUUCGGCAUUCUCAUCACCGAGAUAUCCAUAAACGCACACAUACCGACGAGAGACCCUACGUUUGCAAAAUAUGUGAAAAAUCGUUCCGGCAGUCUGUCCACCUAAACAGCCAUAUGCGCAUGCAUACAGGCGAGAAACCCCACAAAUGUCAUAUUUGUAAUAAAGCGUUCAAACAGUCUAGUCAUCUAAGUAAACAUAAGCGCACCCAUACAGGCGAGAGACCCUACAAAUGCGAUAUUUGUAAUAGAGCGUUCAACCAGUCUCAUCAUCUAAAUAAACAUAGGCGCACACAUACAGGCGAGGAGCCCCACAAAAGCGAUAUUUUUAAUAGAGCUUUCAGCCAGUCCUCUCAUCUAAAUGACCAUAAGCCUACGCAUACAGGCGAGAAACCAUACACUGGCGAAACAUAUGAUAAAUCAUUCGCGCGGAAGACAGAUCUGGAUAGACACCAGUACACUGACAAAGACGAGAGACCCGGCCAUAACUGUACUACACAAUUCCAAACGCAACAAGAACUCAGGCGUCAUCUCAACUUCGCUUGUAGCGACGGAGCUUUCGUUUGCAAAAAUGUAAUAAUUCCUUUUUAGACAAUUCACGUCUCAGUCAUCACCGACAAAGCAUGCACGGGGAUAAGACACUGUCUGGGUCAUAUCACUUCGCCAAGAAAGAAACCCUUGACGGAUACCUGUGCCAGAAUAAGUGCUACUUAUGUGGAGAUUCAUUUGGAGACGAGGUUGAACUGCUUGCGCAUCUCGUGACGCAUAGGGAUGGGCAACCAUAAUAUUCUGACUAGUGCGCAAGUAAAGCGCCCGCGGCUUUUGCAUAACAACGUGACAGUGAAGUAUUGCUGGGAAACAACGCUGAUAUACUUCCACAGGAGUGAGAAAGUAACCAAACGUAUUCUGUGCAAAGGCCGGCUUCUUUGGACAUUUAAAACUGCCUAUUAACAUGCAUGAUGUGAACAAUGCCAUCUGGUUUCUCAAAAUUACGAGACAAAACGUCGUAGCCAGGAGUAUUUGGUGUGAUUCAAGGUAGAAGUAUAUUGCAGGUCCGAGCCAGCGCCUACUGUUUGCAUAGCUACAUGUGUCAUUCGCGAAGGCAGCUUUUACACAUUUAUGUCACGACAAACCUUCAUGGGCUGCAAGUUGGUGUAUUGUGUGAGUAGACACUCGAGGCGACCGCACAAGAUCCUCGACUCCCCGUUCCAUUAGAUGUUUUGCAGGCAUUUUGAUGGUGCACUAGUAAACAAGCUCUAAUGGACCCUCUGCUGAAUGAUUUUGCAGUGUGGUUAGAAGGGAACAUCUCUCAUUGAAAAGUAAUCUGUCAAGUAAUCCGUCAUUAAGGAACUUAGGCCCUGCUGCCUUCCAGAGACCGCUUUUACGACAGUAUAUAGACACAUUCAACGAAUGCGAAAAUUUAUUUCCUUUAAAAUUUGUCCAAUCCAUUGACUGUUUUGGUUCACUUGGCUCUUGUAUUCAUACCAAAAAUCUUUGUUGGAAACCACAAAGUAAGUUGAUGACAAAUAGACUAUUAGAUUGAAAGAAUUUGGAGAUUCGCUAUAUUAUGUGUUCUCCCACUUUGAAAAUUUCACUUGUUUUAUUGUGGUGGCUUCAUGUUUUAAAGGGCAGUCUUUUACCCACUUGGAAGUCGUCUGUUAUGACUCGCACUGUUCUCUAUUUACAGUUGUAGAAUCUUUUUAGUGUGAUAUCGCGAGCGCAUCUGCGCGAGCAAUGACGGGAAACAUGAGAUGCAGGUUUUAGGCAUAUUGACACGCGUACUUGCAUAUCAUCUCGUUGUGAAUGCGUUUCACCGGCUUACAAUCACCGGUUACCACUCAGUACAUGACGCGCCUGCAUGCAUCAGAUGAUUCUCGAGGUUUCUUGCCGAUUAUACAUUUUUCUACGUUCUAGUCCAACCUUGUAUAAUCAAAUGGCACGCGGAACGCUAAUACAGUCAUGCAUUCUGGAAGGCAUGCAAGCACCGAGGAUUACGCUGGAAUCUUCGAUGAAUCAUGCGACGUUCGUUAGCCGUAAAUCACUUCUUGGAUGAUCGACGCUUGUCUCCAUAACUAUCUUUCUGUCCGAGUGCAACUUGUUUUGUGGGUUCACGUUCCACCAAUAAAGAGUA